AUGCAGCGCAGGCCGGUGUGCGCGGGCUGCCGCAGGCCGAUCUCCGACAAGUUCCUGCUGCGGGUGGCGGGCGGCCUCCGGCAUGAGGCGUGUGCGCGCUGCUCGGCGUGCGGGGACGCGCUGCGGGACUCGUGCUUCGUGCGGGAGAAGCGACUCUACUGCAAGCGGGACUAUGCUAAGCUGUUUGCAGUGCGCUGCGGGGGCUGUGCCGAGAACAUCUCCCCCUCGGAGCUGGUGCUGCGCGCCGGGCCCGUCGUCUUCCACCUUCGCUGCUUCACCUGCAGCGUGUGCUCCGCCCCGCUGAGGACCGGAGAUCUCUGCGUAGUCAGGGAGGGCCGGCUUGUGUGCGCCAGGGAAGACUACCACCAGCGGGUGGCCAGCCCGACUUCAUCUGACACAGAUAAAAGUGACGUGGAAGAGGAGGUGGAGGAAGACAACUCAAGGAGGGUCACAAGCAGACGAGUCCGAUCCAACGAGCAAGAAAGUAAACGUCCUAAAAGACCUCGCACAAUUUUGACCACCCAGCAAAGACGACUCUUCAAAGCUUCCUUUGAGGUUUCAUCCAAGCCGUGUCGAAAGGUACGGGAGACCUUGGCAGCAGACACUGGCCUUACUGUCCGGGUUGUGCAAGUCUGGUUCCAGAACCAAAGAGCCAAGAUGAAGAAACUGGCCAGGAGGCAACAGCAGCAAGAACAUGAGCAGCCGACUCAGGAAGAGCAAGAAGAGCCAUCACAUCACAAAGCGCCCCCCAAUGGCCUGCCUACAUCCCAGCUGGAACAUCUGGGCUCUUCCUACUCUCACAUCCAGCAGCAGCAGAUGGGAUUCACAAGGGUGGAUCAGCAAGACUUUGACAUGGACCCCUUCGGACAAGGCCUGACCCCUCCUCAGAUGCCAGGAGAUCACAUGCACCCCUACGGUUUGAAUGCGAUCUACGGCGACGUGGUGGACGGCGACUGCAUGUCUCUGGUGGACACCUCGUCCCUCCUUUCCCCCAUCGACUGCCUCUACUCCAUGCAGGACUCUUACUUCACCUCUUGAGGGACGAUCUUCAUCGCGUCCGCUCGGUUUUUAUCCACACGGACUCAGCAGAAGACAAACAGGUGCGCAAAUGUGUGGACUUCGGCUCUGUCGGACAUUUUGACCAUCCGCCCUCUCGAGAAUGCUUGAACGCCUCAUUACGAGAUUACAAUGGAUGCGAAGGACUGUUUGAAUGUGUAUUUAUUCUUGUAGGUUGUGCUCAUUUUUAAAUGUUCAAUAAAU